AUGACAACUACUCAGGCUCCCGAAACCAUGAAGGCUAUCGUCAACCGUGGCUAUGGGAAGGGCGCGGUGGAAUCAUUCCCGUAUCCAAGCCCAGGGCCCGGCAGCGUCACCAUCCGCGUUUUGCACUCUUUGGUUCAUAACAAUGCCAUAAAACUCUAUCGCGGAUCAGGCCCCAUGCUUCGAAAGGAACCUGAAUGGCCCUGUAUCCCUGGAGGUUACGGUGUUGGGCGCAUCGCUUCCCUUGGGCCCGACACCACGGCCUUCGAGCCAGGGCAGCUGGUCAUGUUCGAACCCUUUGUACAUGCCCGCGACGACCCUGACGUGGCCAUUCUGUGGGGCUCCAACGGUGGUUUUGACGAGAAGACGACUAAGUUUUCCAAGGACAACUGGCAUAACGGCUGCUGGGCCGAGUACACGCGCUCGCCGCUUGAGAAUACGUGGGCGAUUGACGAGGACAAGAUCACCAAGUUGGGUCUUAGAACCCAGGACCUCGCUCACCUGGGCCCGCUUGCCGUCGUGUACGGAGGGCUCCGCAAGAUCAAUGUUCAAGCGGGCGAGACUGUGCUCAUUGCGCCCGCCACGGGGAUUUUCAGUGGCGGUGCCGUCCACGUCGCCCGCGCCAUGGGAGCCAAUGUGAUUGCUGCCAGCCGCAAUGCCGACGGGCUCAAGGAGCUCGAGAGGAAGUACGCGGGGAUCAAGACCGUCCAGAUCAAGGGCGGCGAGGAAGACGCGGCUGCCAUUGCCGCGCAUGGACCUAUCGACGCCUUUGUUGAUGUGUCCCCGACGGAGGCCACUGGGUCGUCUCACUUGGGAGUCGGAAUGACGGCUGUGAAGACCGGAGGCAGGAUCUGUCUGAUGGGAGGCCGUGGUGACCAGUCACUCCCACAUCCAUACCUAUUCAUGGUCGUCAAAGACAUUACAAUCCGCGGUUCAUGGAUGUAUGAGAGGCAUCAUGUCAAAUCAUUGAUCAAGAUGGUGGAAGCUGGUGUCCUUAGAUUGGAUAAGGAGGCCGGCAUGGAGGUAGUGGGUGACUUUCCUCUGGAGAAAUUCGAGGAGGCAAUGGAGGAAGCCACAAAAUCUUCGUCUGGGAGGAUCAUGGUCUUGUCUUCUUAA